GAUCGAGGAAAUCCUUCGGGACCUUUUGGACUCUGCGCCAAUGACGUUGUCGCGCUUCAUCCAGAGAGGCGGCGACAAGGAGUUCUAUCGCUGGCUGAAAACUGCACCUGAUCAGCGCGGCCUCAUUCUUCAGUGCCUCCUGGGCGUGGACACCAGCGCCCUCGCCCUCGGUACUGCCUGGCCAAAGCUCCAGGAGGCUCUCUUCGC